AUGGACGUGGCAGAAACCCCAGGUGCUUCCCAGACAGUACCAUGUAACACUCAGCCUUCCCCUGUGGAAUCCAGCCAGCUUGUUUCAGGUCAGAGCUCAGAGAUGCCUACCUGGAAAAAAACAGUGAUGGCAUCUGCAUGCUGUAACCCACAGGAGACAGCCUGUACUCAGAACUCAACAGCACACCCAGGAAAAGCCAGUGAUUUCUAUUUUGGAGAGCCAAGUGAGACUGCUUCUUUUAUCCAGCAAGUUGUAUCUGCUGAGCAGAAAAGUUCUCCUGCAGGCUCAUGCCUUAUGAAUCUCAGCAGCACCACCAAGUCAUGCCUCUCUCAUCCCCUGAAGACAGAAGUACUGGACACCAGAAAGACUCUCUGCAAUGAAGGCCACUGGGGGAGGACACUGAACUCUGACAAGACUCUCUUGAUCCAAAUUACAACUAUGUAUGAGAGCCAGUGGAGAACCCUUGGUAAUCAUCCAGUUGCUCCCUCUGGAUACCAUGAAGGCCAGGCUCCAAAUAUGGAUCACCUCGUUGAUUCUGUAUCAAACCAGACCUUCAUUGGUGACCUUGAGAUGGAACCCAGUUGUAACCAUGUCCUUUAUACUGAUCAAUUCAUAACCUCCUUUUCUGAACAGAAUCCUUUUGGGGAUCAGCAGAGAAGCCCAGUAGCUGAUAACAGAUUCUAUGCAGAUCAGAAGAUACUCCCAAAUGGAUACCAGACUUUCUAUGAGCCACAGAUGAGCACUAACUAUCAGAUAACAUGCGUCUGUGGUCAGAAUGUCUGCAGAUGUCAGGAGAUUCUCCUCAGUGGUGAGCACCUUCUCUCUGAGUAUCAGACAUCAGGCUACAGGUAUGACCAGGAUUUGAUUGUGAAUCUCCAGGUAACAAGUCCCAUUGGUGGCGAGCCUCUUCAUGACUCUCAGAUACCAAACUCCAAUUUUGACACAACUUCUUGUGGGACUAAGAGAACAACAUCUAGUGAAGAAGACAACCUGGCUUGGCAUCCAGAGACAAGUCUCAGUUCUGAAGAGACAUUCCUGGAUCAGAUGAGGACCUCUGUGGAUCAGAAUGUGUACCCAAGUCAUAAUGGAACACUCAAAAUAGAAGAAAGCCUAGAACCUCAAGUGACUUCACUUAGUAACCAAGCCCCCUAUGUAGGAGAAUCUUCGGAUACUUCAAAUUCCCCUUUGAUUCAAAUACAACCUCAGGAAAUCUCUUCAGCUUCUGGUUUGGACCAGGGACAGCAUCCAGAGAUAAAGUUAGACCUCAAGACCCAGAGCCCUGUGUCCUUGAAGAACCCUCAUAACUCAAAGCGAUACUGCUGUACCUACCAGGGUUGUAAGAAAUCUUACAAAAAGUCUCAGCACCUCAAGGACCACAUGAAGAAACACACUGGGGUGAAGCCUUAUAUGUGCAAUAAGCCUGGAUGCGAUUGGAAAUUCUUCCGUUUAGUAGAUCUCAACAGACACAAACAAAAGCAUAGUGGGGAGAGGCCCUACCCCUGUCCCAUGUGCAACAAAAACUAUUCCAGAUUUUAUUACCUUAAGCAGCAUCUGAGGAGCCAUAUUCAAGCAUCACCUACCACUGCAACCUAA